AUGAAGCUUAUCGUAUGGAACUGUCAGGGUAUUAGGGGUGACCUGAUAGUUGACAACCUGUUGGAGCAAAAUAGGCUUCACACCCCUGACAUAGUGAUUCUGCUUGAAACAAAGAACAAAAGCAGUCGUUAUGGUUAUCUUACGAAGAAACUCGAGAUGGAAUUUAUGCACACUGUGGAACCAAAAGGUAUUGGUGGUGGUUUAUGCUUAUUUUGGAGAGAUGCCUCACAGAUUCUCUUGGUGAAACAUUUUGACUUCAUGAUUGAAGUCAAAGUUUGGGACGAGGAAAAAAUGUAUCAUUGGCGGCUUUUUGGAAUCUAUGCUAGUACUGAUGAGAAAAUGAGGAGAGACCAAUGGAGGGCACUUGGUAAUCGUAUAGUGAAGGAAAGUGAUAUCUGUCUCCUAAUAGGGGAUUUCAAUGAUAUUUUGUGUAAUGGUGAAAAAGAAGGUGGCAAACUGAAAUCGGUGACUAGCAUGCGGGACUUUAGGGAAUUUAUUGCUAAUAAUGAGCUUGUGGAUCUAGGCUAUGAAGGGUAUCCUUUUACUUGGCGCAACAAGAGGGACUCCUUACCCAUCCAACAGAGACUCGACCGGGGUCUUGCAAGCACGGGGUGGUUUAACCUUUACCCAGAUACGAAAAUCAUACAUGUUGUAUUAGAAGGCUCUGACCAUUCCUUGUUGCUCCUUACCACAAAGAAAUCCGAAGAGUGGAGAGGAAAUAGGUUUAUGUAUGAUGCAAGAUGGAGUAAUCAGAAAGAGUGCAGGAACAUCGUCACAAAAGACUGGGGAUGGGAAGGUCGGGGAUUUCACGCAUUUCGAUUCUACGAGAAGCUGAAACUUGUCAGAAUGAGUCUUAAAGGGUGGUAUCGAAAGAAAGGUAGAAAUUCCAAAAAAACUAUUGAUAAGCUGAAAAGGGAAUUAAGGAAGGCCUAUCAGUCAAAUAAUUUUGCCUCGGCGGAGUCCAGUAAACCGAGUCAGUUUGAGGAAAUCACGGGGUGUGUGCAAGCAAAAAUUUUGCAUGAGGACAACCUAAUGUUGAUAGCACCAGUUUCUAAUAGUGAAAUUCAGGUGGCUGCCUUCCAAAUCCCUCACACGAGAGCUUCGGGGCCGGACGGCUUCUCCGGGAGUUUUUAUCAGGACCACUGGGAGGUGGUGGGAAAUGAUGUGACUAAAACCAUUAAAGCUUUCUGGCACUCUGGAAAACUGCUAAAAAAACUAAACCACACAAACUUGGUUCUCAUACCAAAAGUCUCAUGUCCCAAGAGUUUGUUGCAGUACCGGCCCAUUGCCCUGUGUAAUGUAUGUUAUAAGAUCCUUGCUAAGACCGAAGAGGAUCGGAGUGGCAUGGCUUUAAAGCUGGACAUGGCUAAAGCCUACGAUCGUGUUGAGUGGGAGUUCCUCUUAGUUAUGAUGGCGAAACUGGGGUUUGAUCCUAUGUUCUGCAAAAGGAUAAAAGAGUGCGUUUCUACUGCCUCCUAUAGUAUCCUGGUGAACGGGGCUCCUACGGGUUAUAUCCUGCCGCAGAGAGGAUUGAGGCAAGGUGACCCUCUGUCCCUAUUUUAUUUCUGCUGUGUACUGAAAGGUUCUCUGCCCUCAUCAGGAAUGGUAUGGAAAAUGGUGUUAUUUUGUGAGGUGACUGUCGAGGAUGAGAAAGGUGUGCGGGAAAUCCUGAACUCCUAUGUUGCAGGUUCGGGGCAGGAGAUAAAUAUGACUAAAAGCUCUAUUUUCUAUGGAGCGAAGGUCAAGAAACGGGAAAAGAAAUUAAUUGAAAACACUUUGAACAUUCAGAGUAGAAUGGGGUUUGGGAAGUACCUGGGACUUCAAGCUGACUUUGGUGUUUCUAAAAAGGCUGUUUUUGUGGAUGUCCGGGAGCGGAUCGACGUGAAAAUGGUGGGAUGGGCUGAGCAGUUUUUAAGCCAAGCUGGAAAUGAGGUUCUUAUAAAAGUCGUUGCUAUGGCUAUGCCUAAUCACGCAAUGAGUUGCUUUAAGUUGCCAAUCGAUGUUUGCAAAGAUAUCGAAAAGGCAAUUCGCAGCUACUGGUGGAGGGGGAGCAUGAAUCGCAAAGGGGUUCAGUGGGUUUCAUGGGAUAGACUCCAAAAGGAAAAAGGUCUGCUAUGGCGGGUUGGGGAUGGUGCAAGUAUCAGCAUCAGGAAUGACCCGUGGUAUCCUGUGCCCUCUACGUUCCAAGUUAGGCCCAAGGAAAAUCUGAACGCAACUUUGGUCUGUGAUUUGAUCGACCCGACCACUCGAACUUGGAAAGUGGACAUUAUUGAGGAUGGAUUCACCCAUAAGGAGACGGAUGUUAUUCUCAGUAUUCCCAUCAGUAGAACAGGAUCCACCGACAGACUUAGGUGGUUUCACACUGCGUGUGGGACUUACUCGGUGAAACGGGAUACGGGGUUGCUAUGGAGCUUAUGGAAAAUGGUGCACUCGGUAAGAAAAGGGCGGGGCUUGAAUAGUGAGAAGACAAAACAUAACCUUCUGUGGAAAUCGAUUUGGUGCCUAGAUGUUCCUAGUAAGUUGAGAUUUUUUAUAUGGAAAUGCUGUAAUCAUGCCUUAGUGGUGAGAAGGAAUCUCAAGCGACAGCAUAUGCGUGUUGACAACGUGUGUGGGGUGUGCGGGCAGUUUGAUGAAACAGAGAAUCACCUCUUCUUUCGUUGCGAGACCAGCCACAGAUUCUGGUUCUGUUCGCCUCUUCAACUUAACUCCAUCGAGUUAGAGGGCGUUGACUUCCUUCAAAGUUGGGCGAGUUUCUGCAACCGGGUUGACCAACUAGAUAACAGGAUGGAACUUCUUCAAGAAUUUGUCUUUGGGCUUUGGCGACUAUGGAAGAACAGAAACGAUAUAAUUUUCAAUCAUAAAAACCAUGAACCAGCUGAGAUUUUGAUGGACUGGAGAAGGAGUCUAGCCGAGUAUAGAAACGCUGCGGAAAAGAGAGAGCAGAGUAUGAAACCAGUUCUGACCAAGGUGGCCCACGAUGGUGCUGGACAGAAACAUUGGCAUAAACCUGGAUUUGGUACAAUAAAAAUCAACACGGAUGCGGCCUGGAGCAAAGUGACGCAACAGGCUGGUCUGGGUUGGGUGGCUUGUGAUUUUGCUGGUGUUCUCCAGGGUGCGGGGGGAUCGGGAUCCAUAAGAUUCCACUCCGCAGCUGCAGCAGAGGUAGCAGCAAUCCGGGAGGCCCUCGAAGACUGUUUACUGAGGGGUUUUAGGAAUGUAAUUAUAGAAUCUGAUGCUAAAACUAUUGUUCAAAUGAUCAGAAAUGAGCUAACCCAAGAUUUCAGGCUUGAAUGUCUACUUGGUGACAUUGAGUUUCUAGCACGUAGGAUGCAGGCUGUUGUUUUCAUCUUUGUGUCUAGAGAGAGUAACAAAGCUGCUCACUUGGUGACCAAGUAUGUUGGUGAGAAAGGAAGGGAUUUCGUGUGGGAUUGUAUUGGGCCUGAAUUUUUGUUUAAUACCUUGGCCCAGGAUAUUAACCUUCCUUUGAGAAUAUAA